GAGCCUGGAAGGGGGCGGAGCCUAGGGGCAGGGAUGUAUUUAUUGCGGUGCGGGAUGCGCUGGCCUCCCUUGCAACAUUGGCCAUCGCCGGUGGUUUCGCCAAGGAGUGAGCUUCGGUGACCAGGGAGCUGAAGUGCUGAACGCGGCUGCCCUGCGUGCAUGGACAGUGAGUCUCCCGGGAGUUGGCCCCAGAUAUCUGAGGACUUGCUUAGCAUCACCGGGUCCUGCGCCCCAGCCAGCCCGUUCCGGUUUGCCUUACAGGUCUUAGAGACCUGUCACAGCGAGCAGGACCGAGCGCCUCUUUGCCCUCUGUCAAGUCUCGGGUGUGCCGUCCUUCGGUCGUUGGGAUGGGCACCCGGCCCCUCAGUCCCAGCGCCUCCCCUGACGAUCUGUGGGGACCGCAGGCCGGAGGACCAGGCCCAGCCAAACGCCGCCGAACAGAGGAGCUGGAGUUUCCGGAGUCCGAGUCUGAAUUUGAGUUUGAGUUUGAGUUUGAGCCUGAGCCUGAGUCUGAGUCCGAGUCCGAGUCCGAGUCCGAGGUGGCACCCAGCCUGGCCGACGGGAUGGAGCCCCCCAUAGAGUGCCCGCCCACGGCCCAGCUGGUUGUGCCCACUGGCUUUGCCCUGCACCUGCCUCUAGAGCACGUCGACCUGCUGCUGGAGCCGGACUCCAUGUCCAUGGUGCAAGUGUCUCUCGGAGAUCAAAUCCUCAUGCUGGUUCCCGAGGCUCUCCUGGACUCGGACGUGGAAGCGCCGAGGGAGCAGAUCCUGGAACCGGCCGCUGUCCUGAGCCUUCCCGGCGAGUACAUGGCCCCGGAACCUGAAUUCUGCCCAGCUGUGCAAGAGGUCGCCUUCCAAGAAGAGGCCAAUGAGGACGACGCUGACCUGCAAGCCAACUUCCCGCGGCCUUGGAUGGAUGCUACAGGCAGCCCCGUCUCUGUUCUCUGUGACCCAGAGCUGCAGGGCUCCUUCCUAGAGCCCUGGGGUCAAGCGACCAACCUUAGUCCAGAGAAAGGCUCUUCUCACCACGACGAUUACCUGGACUUGCACCUGCGGGAGGCCUCCCAUGACUCCCCACUUCAACCUCUACCUCCUUCUCCUAGUCCUGGUCCCGUGGAGCGCCCGAAGCAUCCUCAGGGUCCUCCUUGCAAGGCACGGAGAAGCCUGAUCUUCAGUGAACUGAUCCCAUCCCCACCCACUGCCAGGCUGGGGACCAGAUCAGAGUCUUCCGAUGAGGGCUUCAUGUGCAGUUGACCGCUGGCAAGCAUCUCAAGAGCCAGAUGAGUUUUGGAUGGUUGCCGUGUUGCAGAAUUUUCCAUCAGUUGCAAAAUCAGCAUCUAGCUGACUAGAACACUGGCAAGGAAUUCACCAGGACAAAGAAAAGCCUCCUGAAAUACAGCUUGCUUUCAGAAGAUCAGACAGCUGCUUAGGGUUUUCUCUAGGGAGGUCACUCUGAAGUAUCUCUACCCCACCCCCACCCCCCAAUUUCCCUUCAAACCCAAGUGCCAAUGCUUUUUCUCUCAAAAGCCAUGCUUUCUCAGGCACCUGCCUCUGCCUGUUCCCCUCAUAUUCCAGCCAAUGGAGUGAUAUUUAAUCUCUUGUUGGUGAGAUAUUGUCCCUAAUGUCCAUUCUAAUUUAUGAGAACUUCUGUGCAGUGCGAACUUUUCUGGAUGGCCCCUGUCGUUUCCUGUGUGUUUUUGUGUCUGUUGAAUAUAGUCAAUAUCCACUGAAGAGUGUGGACAAAGUGUUUGGUGGAUACCAAACACAAAACUGUGAAGAGAGAUCAUGUGCCCUCCUCUUUCUGAGUGCUGAGGUUGGCAAUGGUUGAAUUCUGUACUGGGUUUGUGGGUUUUACAUAAAAUUUGUGACUCCCUUCCCUAAAGCCCACUGUUUCCCAUUGUUUUUAUAAUAGAAAUCUGCUGUCAUGGAGAAGUCUGUAAUUCUCCAGAUUCUGUGUUUUGAAUUGUUUUAAAACACUCACAUGGGAAAUUUGCUGUAUGACACAGGGAGCACAAAUUCCAUGCUGUGUUACAACCUAGAGGGGUAGAAUGGGUGGGAUGUGGGAGGGAGGGUCAAGAAGGAGAGGACAUACGUGUACCUGUGGCUGAUUCAUGUUGAUGUUUGGGAGAAUGAAAGCGUAUUGUAAUUAGCCUCAUAUAAAAAAUAAAAAAAGAAGACCCCACAUGUAUGUUAUCCAUUGUGACUGCCACUUAGAGACAGUUGGUUCUUAGAUUGACUUGGUAUCCAAAAAAACAACUUCAUGUUGGCCAUGGUUUAUGCAUAGAUUCUCCUGCCUGACCAAUAAAGACAAAAGUAUCUCCA